GCAGGGGCGAAUGUCUUUUGGGUGCGAGCCAGCGAUGGGGUUUUCUGUCAAGUUUCAAUAGCGAGUUUUGGUUUCCUGUGCCAUGCAGGCAAGGCGUUUCUUUUUGUGUCGCACGGCUUGUUGGGGCCAAGUAUUGGUGGUUUCCUGCCCCGUACAGGGGAGGCGUUUUCUUUUCGUGUCGCACGGCUUGUUGGGGCCAAGAAGAGUGAGCUGUAGUUGAAUACGAAUUGGAGUAAGAGGGUCGGCGGUGUAGGCGCGAGGUACAAAGUCAGCGAGUAUUCGCGGAGGCUGGAAGGAUCAGGAGAGUGCCUGAAGUUCUACGGUCUGAUAGGAAUCGAAUCAUCCGAGUAGCCGGUUCUGUUCUUUCGUUUGAUAUCCCAGACAUGCAUUCGACGAUGCACUCCUUUUGAGGUAGUUGGUGUUGUACAGCAUAGAAAACAGGCGUAUGAAUGAUUCUUGUACAUUCAUUUGGAAAAGGGGAAAGGGAGCGGAGACGUUGCGGUGAACGCGGUGGUCCGAGGUUGACAUUGUUUAUGGAAGUGGCUAUGGAGGGACUUCCGGCGGGAGGAAGCAGGGGUGUGGAGAGUGCCGCGGUCGCCGCGGCGUCACUGGAGAAAUUGUCGAUUGAAACGGCCGAUCACGAGAUGCAUUCGACGUACAGGAUCCCGACUCCAACUGCGUCGAUCGUACGCCCGAGGAGUCAUUAUCUCUUCGAGGGUGUGCGGAUGACGAUGGUGUACAGAGUUUGGGUUGCUGCAGAAUGGCGUUUUGGGGACGCAGACAUUCGGGAGAUAACGGAAGCCAUAGACGAGGGGUUCAAUGUGGUGGAUUCGGGGUACAAUUGCUACAAUCCGACUUCGGAUAUCGCGGCAAUCAAUAGGGCGAACGUGAAUCAGCCGGUGGAUCUGUCGAAGGAGAUGGGAAUGUUUUUGCUCGGUCCUGUGAAGCACGCGGUGCAGUGGAGCGACGGUCUGUACGACCCGACGGUCCGCCCUUUGCUUCAGCUAUGGAAAUUGAGGGUGUCACAGGGCGAGGAGCCGUCUGACGAGGAGAUCCAGCGGUUGAAGCGGCUUGUAGGCUUCGACAAGGUGAAAUUCGGCGGAAAUGUUGCGAAUCCGCAGGAGGGUGGGGUUACCCUCACGAAGACGGUGAGAGGGAUGCAGCUGGAUCUUUGCGGUAUCGCGAAGGGUCUGGCGGUCGAUCACAUCGUCAACAGGUUGAAGGCCUUGGGGCAUCACAACGUAUACGUUGAUUGGGGUGGAGAUAUCCGUACCGUCGGCUCUCACUCUUCGAGGCCGUGGUUAGCAGCGCUUGCGUAUCCGAAGACAAUCCCGGAUGUGGUGGACCACGCUCGGCAGAACGACCAAAGUCGCAACAAACCGACGAAGGUCACGCUUCAGAUGGGAGCGAGCCCUCUGUCGGUGUCGUGUGCCGUCCAGGCUCGUCACGGAGAACAUCCCCAUGCUGUGAAUGGUCCCGCCAGCCCCACUGAAAGGGAUGUCGACUCUACCACGGCUGGAGGAGGGAAGCUUAAGGGCGAGAAGUAUGCGGGUUAUGUCCGAAUUAAUGAUAUGUCAAUGGCCACUAGCGGUGAUUACGAGAACGUCUGGUUAACUUACAAGAAGGCAGGAGAAAAUGCACCACCUAAGAAGCACGUGUAUUGCCACAUAGUGCUUCCCACCACGGGAAAGUGCAUGGAGCCUGGUGAGGGGACAGUUGCGAGUGUAUCUGUGAUUACACGUCAUUGCUCUUACGCGGAUGGAGUUGCGACUGGUGCCCUUGCUCAAGGAGAUGCUCAGAAGAGCAGUGCCUGGCUCGAUGAGGUCAUCGAGAAGAGCGACGGGGAAGUCGUUGGAUACUGCAUCAUUACGCGGGGAAUGGGUGAGGUGAUCACGUCUCCUGUUUUUCGGUCUUUGAUGAUGUGAUUCGUCAUCGGAUCCGUUGUGGAUGAACAGCGGGGUCUUUGAUAAGGGUUCAGUCCAUUCGCAGAAGCCGCCAUUGUUCAUGACAAUUUCUUGGGGGAUUGUUGUCUGCUGUCCUCUGACCGGUGUGUUUCUGUAGCUGAGGCUCUCCGCUGUUUUGCUCGUUCGGAAGCUCAGUGAUGGAAGGGGCUUGGUUUGGUUGUUGCUGUGAGAACUGCUUGGAGGUGUAGCAAGGGGGUUUUCUUCGGUGGUUGCCGGGAGAUGGCGGAGGGGGGUAACUGAAAGGAAGAGUUUUUCAAAGCGCGUCCGAGGACGCAAAGCGUUGGAUAGACGAUAAUAAAAAGUAAGCUCCUAUUGGGUGUCAUGUCAGUCUGAAGAAAGAACUGUGACAUGAUUAUCAAUGUGGUCGCAAGUUCAAUUCGCUGAUGCUGGGACUUUCGUAUGCUCGUUUCGAGCGUUGUGUAGUUGAGAUUUCUUUUUCUCGUAAAGCUGGAAGGUGGUGGAGAACGGACGGCAUUGCUUGCUUGGUGUCGCGCAGCGGUUGUCUGUGCUCGUCGCUGCAGGGAUGGUUAUAUAGUCGUCGGCAACCUGUGCGACAGGCUCGAGGAACGACUUUUCUCAUCGAUGUAGGUUUCUGAGUGUCCGCUGCUCUUUGGAUUGGGACCUUUUAUCCAUUUACUUUCUCGGUGAUGUCUUGUGGAACGGGCUUUUAUUUCGUUGAGGAAUGCAAGUUUCUGACUAUCCAGCGGUCUGGAUUGGGACCUUUUAUCGAUUAACUGUACGGUAUUGUCAUUUGAGUGCUAUCGAAUGAAUCAUCCUUGGUGGAGAGCGCAGCACUGGUAUUUGGAUUUUUUUUGUUUUAAUGGUGUUUUGUUUUUAAUGGUUGUCCCUUUAGUGCGUGUAAAUAUAUCGGGGCGAGGUGUAUUAGGAUGGUUGGUUGGUCUCAAUUGGACGGUCGACGUGGACAGAUGGCCGGGGGGCAUCCGAAUGGAAAGGAAGUCUAACGCGUGUGUACCAUUUGACGGUUUUCUCAGGUCUGGGACUAAUAAAGUGGUCUGUGGCGGCGGUAGCUCGCUGUUGGGGGCUGGGAGGACGGUAGGAAAGGAAGACUGAAAAGCGACGUUCCCGCCGGUUCGGAUGCCUUGCUGCCCUUUGAGCACCUACUUCAACCGUUCAACGAAAUGGAAAAUUGUGCUUCAGGAACAAGUAGAGGGACGUUUCGGGGACUCGACACUUUUCCGGAUGGUGUGAAGGUCUUGCACCUGUCUCGGGUACUGCCUGCGAUUCAAUGCAGGAUGUAGGUUUUUCAUUUGGGUGUGCGAGUGCCGAACCGAUCGGUCGAUCAAAUAGUAACCAAUCUGCCGAGUUGCUUGUUUCAUGCUGUUGUUGCGGAAGUUGAGGCUGGCGAGAUUAUUCACGAGCGGGAGAGGAGCAGCAAGCGGGUUAGAGGCUGGAGUGUGGAACAUGCUGAACCGAUCGGUCGAUCAAAGAGUUAACCAAUCUGCCGAGUUGCUUGUUUUCAUGCUGUUUUUGCGGAAGCUGAGGCUGGCGAGAUUAUCCACGAGCGGGAGAGGAGCAGCAAGUGGGUUAGAGGCUGGAGUGUGGAGUGGCAUGCGGCGGGUGAGAGGCUGUAGUGUGGAGCGGUUGGCUGGAGGGAGGCAGUGUAGCCUGGUAAUGGAAUGGUAUUGUCUCUCCAGGAGCGGGUGGCGUAUUUGCCGUUAGUCGAAUAAAGAUUUUCGGGGAGCUGAUGGCUGGAAAAAUAAAGCUGUGUUGUUUGCCGUUGGAGAUUGUUCUGGACAAGCGGACUGGGAGGAGCCGCCUGGGAUGAACGUGGUAAUGAUGAGGUGGUGAAUGAGUGGUGAAGUGUGGUGUGACGUCUUGUGUGGCGGUGGGAGAAGAUUCUGUAAUCAUGAUCCUACUCGGUUGAUCAGGACGGCUUUCGUGAUCAUGCAAUUGAGCCUCUGAAAUGCAGAGUUUGAAGCAAAGGAUGGUCAA